CGCGCGCGCGUCUAUAUACUUCUGAAGUAAACUACACCGCAGUUUGAAUCCGUGUGCACUGCGUAUUGUGUAAACCGAAGAAGUGUAAAGCGGUGUGAGAGUGAAUAGAGUCGGGUGUUUGUGUGCGCGUGCGUGCGUGCGUGCGUUUGUAUACGAGAAAGAAAGACAGCGCGAGCUGCUGAAUCAGCAUACGCUCGUGUCCCAGGCUGACUGCGGUGUUCUGUAGCGAUGCUGCUAACGGUGUUCUGCGCUCCGAGGGACCGAGGAGAGACCACCUUCGCCCUCGAGGUCUCUCCAGAACUCGAACUCAGGGAUUUUUUGGCUCUUUGUGAACUCGAAUCAGGAAUACCAGCUGGAGAGAUUCAGAUCUCCUAUGCAGAGCAGCCUCUGGGAGACCUCACCCGAGCCCUGGGGAGUUACGGCCUGAAAGAUGGAGAUGUGGUGGUGUUGAGACAAGCAGAGAGAAGGCCAUCCUUCCCAGGGCUGCCCCGCAUUGAUUUUAGCGCCAUCUCAGUUCCUGGCACUUCUUCGAACCAUCGUUCCACCGCACAGGUUCAAAAUCCUAGUUCUGUCCAGACACCACAAGCUGCCUCGCCUGCCUCUUCUCCUCAGGGACUGGACAAUCCUGCCCUGUUACGUGAUAUGUUGCUUGCCAAUCCACAUGAACUAUCACUGCUGAAGGAACGUAACCCGCCCCUGGCUGAGGCCCUGUUGAGCGGUGACCUCGAACGCUUUAUGAAGGUGCUGCAGGAGCAGCAGCAGGAUCGAGCCAAAAGAGAGCAGGAGAGAAUCAGACUUCUCACUGCUGAUCCCUUUGACCUGGAGGCACAGGCGAAGAUCGAGGAGGACAUCAGGCAACAUAAUAUUGAAGAAAACAUGACCAUUGCUAUGGAAGAGGCACCUGAAAGUUUUGGCCAGGUGGUUAUGCUCUACAUCAACUGCAAGGUUAAUGGACACCCUGUGAAAGCCUUUGUCGACUCAGGAGCCCAAAUGACCAUCAUGAGUCAAGCCUGCGCAGAACGUUGCAACAUCAUGCGUCUAGUAGACCGGCGCUGGGCAGGGAUCGCUAAAGGCGUGGGCACACAGAAGAUCAUUGGCAGAGUUCAUUUGGCUCAGGUACAGAUUGAAGGGGACUUCCUGCCUUGUUCCUUCUCCAUUUUGGAAGAUCAGCCUAUGGACAUGUUGCUAGGCCUUGACAUGCUAAAAAGACACCAGUGCUCUAUUGACCUUAAGAAGAAUGUUCUGCUGAUUGGAACAACGGGGACAGAGACUAGCUUUCUUCCUGAGGGCGAGCUCCCUGACUGUGCAAGACUGGCAUACGGGCCAGAAGCACGAGAGGAUACCCGACCAGAGGAGAUUGCAGACCAAGAGCUUGCAGAGGCAUUACAAAAAUCCAUACAGGACAGCGGACAACACUGAUGCAUUGGACAGACAGCUGAACAGGGCCCUGCUUUCCCAGACAAAACCACUGUCUUGCUGCCUUUGCUAGAACCUGCAGAUGGAGAAACUACCUCACCACGGUCCCCACCACUCCCGCUUCAUAGAUCUGUUCAUACACCAUCCACCUCCACAGCUACCACAAGUCCUAGUGGAAGCUUUACACUUGACCGCUCCAAGUCUGCUCCAGCCUCCAUUAGCCAGAGCCUGCCAUCCGUGGGUUCAUUCAGUCCAUCUCAAUCCCAGGGAGAAACAAAGUCACAUCCAGAUGACACCCAGGGCAUGACUGAACAGCACCUAACCUCUGUCUCAUCCGUGCCCUUAAAAGCGGAGGAAUCUUCUCAGGAUCCUCCCUAUGGGCAGGUUGAUGGUUUCCAACCUCGGUCAAUGGCAUCAAGCAUUCUCCCUGCUCAGGAACCAUUUUCUAAUACUGUGUCAAAUGACAAUAAAGGGACUCAAUUUGUACUUUGUAGAAAGGCUGUGUCAGAUUUAGAUGCAGGAAAAAGCAUUAACUUAGAAGAAGCAGAAGAACCUGAUUCCCAGACUGGCUCCCAGAAUGAUGUUUGUCUUCAGGAAGUUGAUAUGGCAGAUACUGUUGAUCCAAAAAUAAUCAGUGUUGACAUUAAUGAUCACUUCCUGGAAAAAGAGCAAGGCAGCAUAAUAAAAGAUGUAAGUGGUCAACUAGAUCGGUUUUCAGAGCUGACAACUCACCACAACCUUCCAGGUCCAUCUAGUUCAUCCAAAGUUCCUUUUGUCCACUUAAAAUCUGAGAAGAAGUCAGGAACUAGCCUUGUUUCAAAGAGUGAAAUGACAUUAGAAAGGGACCAGUCAGAGAGUGACAUUAUCCCUUCUCUGGCUCAAGCCCUGAAGGAACUUCACAAGCUUCUGAUGUCUAACAGUAAUGCUCAAGCCGGUGCCUGGAGCCCUCUAUCUGCCACUUGUACCACCACAUCAAAACCAGACACUGAUGAGAUGGACCAUAAUACAACAGAAAAAGAUUAUACAGGUGUUAACCCAAAUGUUAUUUCAUCAUCUUACACUGCCACAACCAACAAAACAACAUUUGCCAAAUCUGAAUACACUGCUUUAGAAAGGGAUGAUACCUUUGAAGGACUGACUGUAAGUUCUCAAGGACAAGAAACCACUCAUACUAAUGGGUUUACAAAUAUCAGCACUGAGGAAAAUAUGACACAGUUCCCUGAAGGAAAUCAGGUGGAUGAAAAUAGGGAAGGCUUUAUGUUGGAGCCAGAUGAAGCGCCUCCAGCUGAUUCAUCUCAACCACAGCCCUUGUCUGUAGCAGUUGGUUCUUCAGCAGACAGUUUGAACCUUGUGCCUGUAGAAUCCUCUCAUCCAUCAAUACAAAGUCCUGCGUUGACCCUUUAUCCUAUUCCAGAUGACAUCCAGCCUUCCACACUAAUGGUAUCUGGACAGUAUCCUGCAGAACACAUCCAGAGGAUACAAGCAGCGGGAUUCUCAUCUCAUGAGGCAGCUCAAGCACUCGAACAGGCUGAAGGCAGUGUGGAACUUGCCCUACUGGUGCUGCUGGCCAGGAAGAUAUCUGUGCCCACCUAGACCCAUUACAGGCAUAUUUGCCUCAUAACGUGGAUUUCAGGCUUUGUGUUGGUGCCCCUUUUUCCUUUAUUUUUGCUUAGUUUGUUUGUCAUAUUAAAUCAGUUUAUAUGUUUCUGUCUUGGCCAUUUACAAAAAUAACAGUGGUGCCUGAAAACAACCUCCCCCUGACCACCACCUUUUUUUUUUUCAUGGUUUUUAAGUUUUGAUGGGUUACUUCUUUUAACUGCUGUCUGGUUUAAGUGAGUUUGCAUAGUGUCAUUGAUGAUUGUGUACAUGUAACUGGUCCUUAUGACGUGCAAAGACCUGAAAAUCAUUUUAUUUAGGAUGACCAUGAUUCUGAUUAGAGUGGCUGUGAAGCCUAACAGUGAAUGGUAUUUUAAAUUGAGUAGUAUGAUGUCUCUACUUACACCAUUAUACUCUAACUACUGUGGAUAACCAUAUCUUGCUCUUUAAAUACAUUUUGGAAAUAAAAUUGUUUGGUUCUUGAAUAUGCAAAAGCAUUUAGUAAAACAAACUGGCUCAUCUGUUUGCAUGUACCUGGUAAAGGUAACCUAAGUAGAAUAAUUCUUUUAUAUAAAGGUCACUGUAUUAUGGAAAAUGCAGACAGUCCCUAGAGGCAGAUAAAUCCUAAAUGUAGGUAAAAAAAAAAUUGUGAAUACUCAUGGGUAUAACAAUUUAGAACAUAAAUAGACUUAAUCCAUGUCUGGGAAGCCAAAGCAAAAACAGAAUCAUACAGCUGCUAGUUCUUCUUCUUUGAUGAAUUUGCAAUACUUACCAAAUACUAUGUUUUUUCUUUUUCUUUGAUUGUCUGCUCAGUUAAUAUUUGCCAAUCCUGUAUACGUUUUGCCCAUUGUGUAAACUAUUAUAUACUCCCUGUUGUUUGUGUUGAAAUUCAUUCACCAGUAUUUUCUUUACCAGUCAGAGGGGGGUUGGGGGGGGAGAGGUAAUAUCAGGAGGUCAGGAAAAUUAGGAGAGUCAUAUUUCAUCAUCAUUUGUCUAUCUUUUCUUUUCAGGGAUUUUGCAAUAGUCUUUUGAUGCUAAUUUGUUUGAUAUGAAUAUGAAGAUCAUGUUAGCAUAGUUUGGAGUGAAACUCAAAUAAUUAGAAAAGAACAAUGAAAUGGUAGGGACUGGAGGCCUGUUUGGGUGUCAGUAUUGCUUGAACAUCGGCUCAUAUAAUUAGAUGCCAUGACUCAUGAUAACAUUUGGUUGAAGCCCAGGUUGCUCUGUCAAGCUGUCUUGAUUCACCUGUAUAAUGUUUGUCAUUUUUUAAGGUAGUCUCUGACUCAGCUGUGUUCAAAAAUUUGGAUGAUUUAGUUUCAACUUGUAUACAAUAAAAAAAAAACAAAUAAAGGAAAAGAUGUUUCUUUAUA